AUGCACAUUAACUUUUUUCUUGCCCUGCUCGUGGCCUGUUCUACCGUGAGCGGCAUGGUAGUCGCUGACACCGACGGAGAUCCUCGAGUUCCCAGAAUUGCCAAGGCUUCUAACGCCAAGGGUAUUCGAUCAAAGCACAAAAUCCAACGUCUCCGGAGGCCGCAGAAACUUAAGAAUGAAGAGAGGUUUGACGCUGCUGCGUACAUGCUGGAUAGCGACGACGAAUCGACAACUUCGAAGAAGCGCAAGGACGAAAAAAUCUCCCAUAAGGCGAGCGAAAAACCUCUUUCUCCUAAGGCGAAGAUGUGGGUUCUUCUUGACAACACUGUCUCGGGAUAA